AUGAAGACAAAUCGAAGAUGCAGAGCCCUGCUAGCAGUGAGUCUGAAUCUGAUGGCUCUCCUCUUCUCUACAACAGCUUUUAUCACGACCCACUGGUGUGAGGGCACACAGAGGGUCCCCAAGCCGAGCUGUGGGAAAGAGAAGAAGACAAACUGCCUCAACUACGGCGGGAAUGAGACUGCAAAUGAGACGAACCAGAAUGUGGUUCAUUACAGCUGGGAGACGGGAGAUGACCGCUUCCUUUUCAGGUAUUUCCACACUGGGAUCUGGUACUCCUGUGAGGAAAAUAUCAAUGCUGCCGGUGAAAAAUGUCGAAGUUUUAUUGACCUUGCCCCGGCAUCUGAAAAAGGUGUGCUGUGGCUCUCAGUGGUGUCCGAGGUGUUGUACAUCAUGCUGUUGGUCGUCGGGUUCAGCCUCAUGUGCCUCGAGCUCUUUCAUUCAAGCAGUGUCAUAGAUGGGCUCAAGUUAAAUGCCUUUGCUGCUGUCUUCACUGUGCUUUCAGGUCUCUUGGGGAUGGUGGCACACAUGAUGUACACUCAAGUUUUCCAAGUGACCGUCAGCCUUGGGCCAGAGGACUGGCGACCACAUUCCUGGGACUAUGGAUGGUCCUUCUGUCUGGCGUGGGGCUCCUUCACCUGCUGCAUGGCUGCCUCCGUCACCACCCUCAACUCUUACACUAAGACUGUCAUUGAGUUCAGACACAAGCGCAAAAUCUUUGAGCAGGGCUUUCGAGAAGAGCAGAACUUCCUAGACCAGGAAGCCAUCAAGUACUUCAGAGAAAGGACUGAGGAGGAGAGGGCUGAGGCUGGGGACCUGAGGUUACAGUGCCUCCAUAGCUGCUCCCCAAAUAGAAAGAUGUGUGCAGUUUCAUGCAUCUAUUUCCUUGGAAAGAAAGCAAGUGAUCCUUCAUUCAGCAGGAGGGAGCCUUGGGAGAGUGACUUGCUGGCUCUGCGCUGUUAA